AUGUCGUUCCUUUAUAUUGCUGCCGGAUUAAGCGCAUUAGUUUACGCGUUGUACUAUUACUUCACAAGAACAUUCAACUACUGGAAGAGCAGAAAUGUUCCCGGACCGGAACCAAUCCCGUUCUUCGGGAACAUCAAGGAAUCAGUUCUGCGGCAGAAGAAUAUGGGCAUCAUAAUACAUGACAUCUAUAAGGCCUAUCCAAACGAGAAAGUGGUUGGACUUUUUAGAAUGACUUCUCCUUGCCUCCUCAUCCGAGACUUGGACAUUAUUAAACAUAUCAUGAUCAAAGACUUCGAAGUAUUCACUGACCGUGGAGUGGACUUCAGCAAACAAGGAUUGGGCCAAAACCUGUUCCACGCUGAUGGAGAAACAUGGACAGCUUUGAGAAAUAGAUUCAGUCCCAUUUUUACAACAGGUAAAUUGAAAAACAUGUUUUACUUAAUGAAUGAAGGAGCUGACUCAUUUGUGGACUACGUUACUACAGAAUGUCAAAAAAGACAAGAGUUUGAAGUGCACCUUCUCCUGCAAUCGUAUACUGUAUCUACUAUUUCCGCCUGUGCUUUUGGAGUUAGCUAUGACAGCCUCCAAGACAAAAUGGAAGCCUUGAAAAUUGUAGAUCAAGUUAUUUCAUCACCGAGUUACAUCGUCGAGUUAGACUUUAUGUACCCAGGACUCUUACGAUCACUUAACCUUUCUCUUUUCCCGAAAGUGGUACUGCAUUUCUUCGAAAAUCUUGUUGACAAUAUUAUUUCUCAGAGGAAUGGUAAACCAUCAGGACGAAAUGAUUUUAUGGACCUCAUUCUAGAACUUCGUCAAAAGGGAGAAGUAGAAAGUACGAAAUACGGACACAGUGGCAAGACUCUAGAAAUAACAUCAGACGUGAUUGCGGCGCAAGCUUUUGUAUUUUAUGUGGCUGGGUACGAGACUAGUGCAACCACUAUGGGCUACAUGUUGUACCAACUAGCGUUGAAUCCAGAUAUCCAAAAGAGGUUGACCGAGGAAAUUGAUGAAUCACUCAAAGCAAACAACGGGCAAGUAACAUACGACACUAUUAAAGAAAUGAAGUACUUAAACAAAGUAUUUGAUGAAACUCUACGAAUGUACUCGAUUGUGGAACCUCUGCAGAGGAAAGCUGUAAGAGAAUACAAAGUGCCCGGUACUGACUUGACAAUAGAAAAGGACACGAUAGUACUUAUAUCUCCGAGAGGCAUUCACUAUGAUGAGAAAUAUUACGACAAUCCUGAAGUAUUCAACCCUGACAGGUUUGACCCGGAGGUGGCGGGCAACCGCCAUCCGUGCGCCUACUUACCAUUUGGAAUUGGACAACGAAACUGUAUCGGUAUGCGGUUUGGCAGACUUCAAUCUCAAUUAUGUAUAACGAAGCUGUUGUCCAAGUUCCAAGUAGAGCCGUCUAAGAAUACCGCCAGAAAUUUGGAGGUGGAACCUCACCGCGGUAUCAUCGGGCCAAAGGGAGGAAUAAAAUUGAAUGUUGUUCCAAGAAAGAUAAAAUCUUAA